AUGUCUACGAGUCGCCAUGUUCAAAAGCGCUUCGCAUCCACAGCCGCAAAGCUAGUCUCGGUCCCCAUCUCCCAGCUCCCAAAAUUCCCUCCAAAAGGCGCCCUCCGCCAUCCUCCACCGGGCACCCCUUCCACCUCGAAAUGGGGAGACUGGGACCCCCAGACAUGGGCUGCCCUCCAACCGUCACCUCAGUCUACAUUCACCGCUCUCGCCCAUCGUAUAGGUCUCGCCCAAGUGCUGUCCAAUAAGGAGAUCGAGCAGGCCUGCACCCACCCGUCAUACCUUCCUUUCUACUCGAAACACAAUCCGGACGAGCAGUCGUUAAACGCGAAUGGCAAUCUAGCGACGCUAGGUAACUCCCUGCUCGGUCUCUUCGCGUCCGAGUUCCUCCAUACAUCCUAUCCACAUCUUCCGACGAGGGUUCUCAAGGCAGCCGUAAGUGCCUACGUUGGCCCCCAGACUUGUGCCAGUGUCGCGAAAGAGAUCGGUGCCGCUCCUCUCCUACGAUGGCAUAGAACACCACCAAAUCCAAUGCGACCGCCAAUACUGCACGCGACCGCGCUCUCGUCAAUACCGCGCGCACUGACUGCACUCGUCUAUCAACAACGCUCUCUCCCCACCGCACGAUCAUUCGCACACACCUUUUUCCUCAGCCGAGACGUGGACAUUCGAACUAUGCUCAAGUUCACCGACCCGAGGUUGAACCUCAUAGAGACCGUCGCCAAAUACGGACGCGAGAAGCCUGUUACCCGAUUGCUCAAGGAGACAGGUCGACACUCGAUAUCUCCUGUGUUCGUGGUGGGUGCUUACUCCGGUGUGGAUAAGCUGGGAGAAGGCUUCGGAAGCUCGUUGAAGAUGGCUGAAUACCGAGCAUGUGAAGACGCCCUCCACCGACUCUACCUCUCCCGCACCCCUCCACACGAAGUCCACCUCCCCACCUCCACCUUCCUCGGCUUCACCCCCGACGCCCUCUUCUCAUCCUCGUCCUCACCCUCCUCCUCACCUUCCUCAUCUGCAUCUGAACCCCUUGAAGCCGAAUUCAUCCCCGGUUCGCUUGGAGAAUCCGAAGUUCUGUUGGGCAGUGCGGGGAGGAGCGGAAUCAGGAGCGCCGAGAGGCCGAGGAUGGAUGCGGGUAGUGGAGACUCCGCGGUUGUUGGGCGGUAGAAGAAGAGGUUCAGUCGUUGAGGAUCAGAGGGGAGGGAAGGGAGAGGAAGAGGGAUAGGAAGAGGAGUUGAGUUAUGUUGUGGGCUCCAUGGCAUAGGAUUCGAAUUCUUCUCUCAACACACUCUUACAUACAUAUACAUAUAUGUGCAGCCCGCAGUGGUGGUGCUUUCUCAUUAUCAUUGCUUUUAAUGCGCCGUGGCUGUUUCGUUUUUCUUCACUCAUGCAUGCAUCAUCAUGAUU